AUGGCAGCUGGAUAUCAUCCCACAGUGUACCACAUCUGCGUAACUGUGCUGAUCUACUUCCUCCCCUUGCUGGUGAUUGGCUAUGCGUACACUGUUGUGGGAAUCACACUGUGGGCCAGCGAGAUCCCUGGGGACUCCUCUGACCGUUACCAUGAGCAGGUCUCUGCCAAGCGCAAGGUGGUCAAGAUGAUGAUCGUCGUGGUGUGCACCUUUGCCAUCUGCUGGCUGCCAUUCCACAUCUUCUUCCUCUUGCCCUACAUCAACCCUGAUCUCUACCUUGAGAAGUUUAUUCAGCAGGUCUACCUGGCCAUCAUGUGGCUGGCCAUGAGCUCCACCAUGUACAACCCUAUCAUCUACUGCUGCCUCAAUGACAGGUUCCGCCUGGGCUUCAAGCAUGCCUUCCGGUGCUGCCCCUUUAUCAGUGCCGGCGACUACGAGGGGCUCGAAAUGAAAUCCACCCGGUACCUCCAAACCCAGGGCAGCGUGUAUAAAGUCAGCCGCCUGGAGACCACCAUCUCCACGGUGGUGGGGGCCCAUGAGGAGGAGCUGGAGGAUGGUCCCAAGACCACACCCUCGUCCCUGGAUCUGACCUCCAAUGGCUCCUCUCGAAGCAACUCCAAGACCAUGACAGAGAGCUUCAGCUUCUACUCCAACAUGCUCUCCUAGACCACAGGUCUUCAGCAGGGGCAGCCAGCACCAUUUUUGUCUUGCUUCACUUCAUGCAUGGAUAAUGCCUUGAUCUAGAAACCAUCAGAAAUUCCCUAACACUGGGGUUUGUGAAAAAGUUCAGAUUUUUUUAGGGAAAACAUCCAAUCCUGAGUUUAAAAAAAAAUCUGGAUUCUUCUAUGACUUUGAUAUCCCCCAUGCUGUGUGACCCAAGGCAAAUUGCUGAACUUCUCUGAGCUUGUAAAAUGGCAAGGUUGGACUUGAUUUCCCCUAAAUCUCUUCCAUGAUUCUAAAAGUAACUUUGGUUAUAUAUGGGGGCUCAUUUAGGGAUGAAUCCUGCAGCACCUGGAUUUGCCUGGAGCCUCCAUGGACUUCAGUGAAGUUGUCCAUAGUCGUGCUCACAUUAUUCUCCUUUAGCUGGUGGAGCACAUCACAUCAACCUUCACUCAUCAGGGUAAACAAAAGAAGGAACCACAUAAAAUCCAAAGGAAAGGUUUAACUCUGUCUUCUAAGCAUCCAAGAAAAGGAAGCAUGGAUGCCUUCCUUUAGAGACCUCAAUAUUUAGUGCAUUGACACCUCUUGAGAUUGAGAGCCUCAGGUCCAUGUGGAUUAUAUCCCCAGGGACUGUCCUGAACAACCAGUAUGGCAAAAUAGGUCCAGUGAUGCCAGCUAAUGUCUGCUACAGACCAAGAGUCAGGAGGCCUGUGCCAUACUUAAUCUAUCUGAGCCUCUCUUUCCUUAUUUGUAAAAUAUGGGGCUGAGCUAGAUAACCUAAGUACUCCUUUUAACAUUCAGUGGUUCAAGGAUUGUAUGAGUUUUUUGUUAGUUUUAUCAAUUGGUAAUCUCAAAAAGAAUAAGAACAGCAAGUCUAGUGACUUAGUACCCUGUUUCUGGAGAGUAGCAACUGCUACACGUGUCAAUAUCCAUAUCAAACAUGCUCGGAUUUAUCCUAAAACCACGAGUAUUUUCCUUCUUCUGGAACAUUUUGGUAUUUGACAGAGCAGAGGACUUCACGUCAAAGUUUGCAUCUCUCCAUCAAGUGUUAGCAGGCCAAGUUCCACAGGUGGAGAUGCCAUCAAGGAAGAUAAACAUGUGGGCUCCCUGCUCUGGCCUUUUGGGGUAUCUUAGGGCAGGGGCACUAAUGCAGUCUUAGCUUUAUUCUAUUAUUCUAGCUUUAUUCUCAGAUGUCCAGUGAGCAAGGAGGCUGGACCCUGCAGCUCCACUUGUGGGAAGAGGCCACCUUAUAUCUUCCCUUCAGAUUCUCUGAAUCUCCCUUCCUACCCCCAUGGCUUAACUGGCCUCCUGUCUGAAAGGGGUGGGAAGACCCACCAACCCCACAGGACAGUCAGUCUACCAAGAGCCAUGAAUUUAAUCCUCCAUGUCUCAGCAAAGCUUUGAGGUUUCCAGCAGGUGAGCACACAAUUUCUUGAUGUCUCCCAGAUUUGUGCUUUGUCCAGAUGUGGCUGAAAGCAGAAGUCUCAUGUAACAUCCAUGAAUGUCUUCCUUGUGGUUUGAAGAAUGGAUGCACAUGUGCUGCAUUUGUGGUGUUGACAGAGACCAAUGCUGCCCACAGGCUCUCUAGCCUUUACUAGCCAUGAGGGCUAUAACCCUACCAGGGCAUCAGCAGCCCUGAGAAAGUUGUAUAGCAACAGUAUACGCCAAAAUAACCCAAUAGCCACAUUCUGCAGAGCAGCAUGGGAAGGAUUAAAUAAAUUAAAUAAAGUUAUUUCAGUGUAGACAUAUGGAUGAAAGACAUAAUUUAGGGGCAAAAAAAAAAUCAAUGCCCAAAGCAUUAAUUAUACUUCCAAUAAAAACUGCACCAUGUUAUUCAUUCCAGAGGGGUAUAUAAGGAACCAGAAUGAUUAUAAAAAAUACCCAAGAAGAAAAGUGUCUAGGACUUG